AUGCCCAGCCGCAAAUCGGCGAAACCAAGCCAUAGGGAGGCUAUGUCGGUUGCAGACAUGCUGGCCACACAGAGGCCUUCAGCACGAGGUGUCCACGCGGACCAAACUCCGAAGCCCGCUGAAGCAGCAGGUCCGGCCACGAUACAGGGGACCCCUCCUGACACCUCCAACACUACUAUGCUGCAAUCAAUUACAGAGGUGAAAGGAUUCCUGGCGGCGGAAAUCGCACGCACAGCGGCAGAAGUUAAGUCCGAAAUAGCCGCCAUAGGGACCCGCACCACCAUUGUGGAACAAUGCGUGGCCCAUGUGGUCACCGCGCAAAAUGGCAUUACAAACCUUACCAACACGCUACAGCACCGGAUCACAGACCUGGAAAUCGAAAUUGAAGACAUGUCCAACUGA